AUGGUGCGGAAAUCGAAUUUCCAACGACAAGGCACCUUUGCACCGCAAGAGUCUGAUAUUCUAACUGCCAUUGAUGCAAAGUUUGAAGAGAUGGAGGAAACCAUCAUGUUGGCAUCCUUGGUGCCACAGCUACAUGACAGGGUACAUGCACUGGAACAGAUGCUGGCGGCUGAAAAACAGUGGAGCCCAGACAAUGAGCCAAAAACAGCAAGCAAACUUGGUCCACAAUGGGGGAACGAAGCUUCUUCUCCCCGGCGCAUUGCGCCACCAGAUGAUGAAAUCAAUGCUGGCGUACACCUUGAGCAGAAGAACAACGCCCCAGAGGUGAAAGUAGGGGUGGAACACAACAUCAGCGAUCUUACAUCUAUGACCAUUGGUAGCAGACGUCCCAGUGCCCCCAGGGUCACCGAUAUUUCUCGCUCCAAAGUCAAAGAAAUGGAUGAGAAGACCUUGGACAUCCAAACGAGCGAAUAUUAUUCCUUCGGCGAAUCAACGUGGGACUUGGUGAUUUUCAUUGGCACGGGGGCGCUUGGGCCAUUGGGCUCUCUUCAGACCUUCCUCUUGGCGAUCGUCAAUGUGCUGAUGCAAGUGGUGUUUUGUGCAAUUGCGUACUACAACUUCACGACGCCGGACAUCAAUGAGGACUCCAUCGUUGACACCUUGAGGCAGGGUUUCGGCGCAGAUUUACCCAAUUUGCCAAGGUGGAGGAGAUCCUCUGGCCAUUCCUUUGGCGACUACAGUGAUGUGGCGAAAGAGUCCUUGGUCCAUCGAGUUUGCAAAGAAGACAAAUCCUUGGCAUCUUCCGGACUCCAAGUGAACCUAGUGGAGAACAUCGACAAAUACUUGAAGUUGGAGGCCGAGGGUCUCGAAGGUUUCUUCACGGGACAGAUUCUGUGCAUCGUGGCACUGAUCUGUUGGUAUUAG